AUGAGCGAUCAAGAAUACCUGCUCAGUGGGCAGGUGCAGGGAGGCCUGUUGACCAAGCCCGUUGAAAAGCCUAGCGUGACGGCGCCGCUCAUCUUUUCCAUCAUGGCCGGCUUUGGUGCCUUGUUUUUCGGGUUUACUCUCGGUUUUACGAGCCCCAUCGGCGAUACCAUGAAGGAUGAUCUCAAGUGGACCAGUGAUCAGCAAUCCCUCUUUGGCUCGCUUGCCAACGUUGGCGCCAUGGUCGGCGCCCUCUCCGGUGGCUACUUUCUCGAUGCCGUCGGUCGUCGUCGCUCAAUCCUUCUUGGCUGUGUGCCAUCCGUUGGCGGAUUCAUCCUCGUCUACUUUUGCAAGACCUUUGGUGCCGCCAUCGCCGGUCGCCUUCUCACCGGCUUUGGCGUCGGUCUGUUCUCCCUGGCCGUCCCCGUCUACAUUGCUGAGAUCGCCCCCUCCCACCUUCGUGGUGGCAUGGGCUCCAUCAACCAGCUGGGCGUGACCACCGGCAUCUUGGUGGCGUAUGCCAUUGGCUUGGGUGUGAGUUGGCGACCUCUGGCCCUUAUUGGUGCCUGUAUCCCCGCCAUCCUCGCCGUCUUUACGUUCUUCUUCCCGCCCUCCCCUCGCUGGCUGUUUGGUCGAGGACGUCAACAAGAUGCGGCCGUGGCUCUGCAGAAGCUGCGUGGCCCCCUUUUUAAUAUUGACGAGGAGAUGAAUGACAUUGAGAACACCGUGCGCCAAGCACAGGCAGCCAAGAAUACAUCGCCGCUCGACGUUUUCCGAGGCGGCGCCGGCAAGGCCAUGUUCAUCUCUGGUGUUCUCAUGCUCUUCCAGCAGUGCUCCGGCAUCAACGUCGUCAUUUUCUACAGCGGCAAGAUCUUUGAGGAUGCCGGCAUGUCCAACCCCAACGUGCCCGCUCUGAUCGUGUCCGCCGUUCAAGUCGUCAUCACCGGCCUUUCCGGAACCAUCAUUGACCGCGCCGGCCGGCGUGCCCUCAUCAUGGCCGCUGGUAUCGGCAUGGCCGCCUCCUCAGCCGUUCUCGGCUAUUACUUUUACGAACAGGACCAGCACCAAAAUCCCAACGGCAUUAUCGCUGUCAUCAGUCUUGUCCUGUACAUCUUCUGCUUCUCCCUCGGCCUCGGUGCCGUGCCUUGGCUCAUGAUGUCGGAGAUUUUCCCCAGCAACGUCCGUGGCAUGGCUUCCUCCAUCUCCACCCUCCUCAACUGGACCUUUAGCUUUGGCAUUACCGAAUCCUUCCAGUCUCUCAUCGACGCUCUGACAGAGCAAGGCGUCUUCUGGGCCUAUGGUGGCAUUUGCUUGCUGGGUACCAUUUUCGUCCUUCUCAAGGUUCCCGAGACCAAGGGCCGCUCCCUCGAGGAGAUUGAGCGCUUCUUCGCCGGCGACAAGACCGCCGGUAACCAGCACAUUGACGGCGCGGGCACGGGUGGCUUCCUGGUCAAAAUCGCCUCUUGCUGCGCCCUCCUCUACGUUGGCAUUAUUCUGUUGGCCUCCAACGCGUAG